GGACUUGCUACAGUUUAUUUCUUGAUUAUUCAAAUGCCAGAGAUGCCAACCCAGCAACGAAUGGGGGAGGCUUCUUCCGGUCAAUCGCGCCAGACCGGUCUGCGGCAGCCCCCUUCUGGCCAGUCGACGCCGCAGAGCACGCUGAGAAAGAGUGGCGACAACCCGCCUCCAGUUAAGAUAUGCGCCAGAGGAGAAAAAGAUGACAUGCAAAGGAAAACAGACAUAUGGAACCUUCCAAAAGAAACUAAGAAAAAGGAAAACAAGUCCUCAAAGUGCGGUGACACAUUUUUGAAAAUGUGUAGAGUAGUGCUCUUUUUCGUGUUGACGCUAUUGCUGCUUUCAUGCGGCAUACUGCACAAGCUUUACUUCUUGACCUUUCUGAACAAUCUCUCUGAGAAACUGUAUGUUUCAAGCCCUAGCGUUAUGUCGAAAGUUGAAAACAAGAAAAGUCGAGCAAUUUCAAUUCUCGUGUGCAUUGCAUUUUUUGAAUUCUUCACAUCACUAGUAACUCUUUGGAGAGUUGUUUUCCAAGAUCAGAAGACUAACUGGACAAGACAUCACAUUGUGACAGCUAUCCUGCAGGCCGUGACCACAAUCGGGGAGGUAUAUUUGAUCAUCUACGCCCUUCCAUUACUGGACAGUUUGAGGACAUGUUUAGUUCUAACAAUACUACCAAUUAUUCCAAGCAUAUGCAAGUUCCUGAGUUCAAUUGGUCGGCUCAAAGUCAAGGGAUGUAUUAGAAAAGGUUCUUUGCUCAAACUGUGUAUAGCGGGUUUCCCGGUUUUGGCACUGGCAGGGAGUGUUUUCUUAUUCAUGAAGUGGCUAAUACUAUUUGAUAGAGACAUGCAUCUAAAAUGGGCGUUACCUAUACUUUUGAUGUGUAAAUCAUUAUGCUAUAUGGAUAAUUUCCUUUACCUAAGAAGAUCAGCAAAUGCUCAAAAACAAACAUCAGGGGAAUUAGAUUCCCAUUCGGAGACAAGUGAAUCUAAAAUAGAAGAGAAACAGUACAAGACAGAACAUAAACAAGAAUUUAUUCGAUUAACUGUUCGUUGGUUAAUAUGUUUAAUGUUUAUUAUUUCGAUUGUGUUGAAAUUAGAUUUAAAGCUAAUUGAAAAACCCGACAACAAGAACGAGUCUGAAUCAUCUCUAACAGACGAGAAUGGACACAUCGAAUCCUUUGCGUAUAAUUCAACAACAAAUUUCACACCUGCUCAGCAUGAGAAUGGAAAUGAGACAUUGGAUUCGACGAAUGCCUUUAACCAAACAAUGUUCAACCAAUUGAUGGAGUUUUAUGACAUCUAUAAGUUUGAAACUAGAAUAUUAACAUGUUCAUUUGCUAUUUCACAAUUAGCUUUGUUGGCUUGUCGAUUGUCAAUGCAGCAAUUUUCAUUUGCUUUGCCACUCAUACUCACUCCACUGUUAUCAAUAAUUGCUGUUGUUAGUCUUUCGUGCAAUAACUUUCUUGAAAGUACCCAGAUCACGGUAGGAAUUGAUUUGACAUGUUCUAUGCCUGAAGACAAUGAAAGGAAUAUUUUCAUCGCGAGUGGGGCUUUGGCUUGGAUUGCUGUUAUCGCGUUAACGUGGUACAUUUGGGUUCCUCGGGUCGAGAGAAUGGCAAAACUCGAGAGGUUGUUUUCUGGCAGUUUUUACGAUUUCUUCUUCCCUGAUUUGAACAUGCUUCUUCGAAGGAGAAAUGACCAUCAAAUUAGAGAGCAGCAUAUGGACAGUGUACAACCGAGGGACGUUCCAAAAGUCAUCAUUUGUGUAACAAUGUGGCACGAAACGUGCCAAGAAAUGUGUCAGCUUCUAAAGUCUAUUUGCAGAUUAGAUCUGCAUUUAUCAAUUCGAGAGGAAGCCGGCCAUGUAGAAGAGGACAUAAACGGUGCAGACAGCGAGAAACAAGACGUUGAAAAGAAAACACAAGACCCUGAUAAAAUUAACAUUGAGGUUCAAAUAGUAUUUGACGACGCAUUUUGCUCAACAAAAAACGGUCGUGAGGUUAAUGAAUAUCUGCUCCAGUUUAUGUCAUGUUUGCAAAAGGCCGUUGGUUCCGUGUUGAAAGACAAAGAACUCUUGGAGUGGAAUAAAACAUUCCAAAAGAAAGUGGUUCAGACACCUUAUGGCGGACAAUUCAUUCUACAACUCCCAGGUGGAACACAGAUGACGAUUCAUUUGAAGGAUAAGAAAAAGAUAAGGCCCAGAAAACGAUGGUCUCAGGUGAUGUACAUGUACUAUUGUUUGCUGUACAAAAUGGGAAAGACGUAUCCAGAUACAAUUAGAGACGAGCUAAAGAAGACAUUCAUUCUAACCCUUGACGGUGAUGUAGACUUUGAACCGAAAUCAGUUUUACGAAUGAUGGAUCGAAUGAAGAUGAACAGCCGUGUCGCAGCAGUUUGUGGCAGAAUUCAUCCAAUAGGAUCAGGUCCAAUGGUGUGGUACCAACAAUUCGAAUAUGCAGUCGGCCACUGGCUUCAAAAGGCAUGCGAACAUAUCUUCGGUUCUGUGCUAUGUUGCCCUGGAUGCUUUUCUAUAUUUCGAGCUUCUGCCCUCGUUGACGACAAUGUCUUGAAAACGUACACUAAAGAGCCAGAGGAAGGAAAACACCUUGUGCAGUUUGAACAAGGCGAGGAUAGAUGGCUUUGCACACUUCUUAUUAAACGAGGAUACAAGAUAGACUACUGUGCAGCCUCAGAUGCAAAAACGUUUGCGCCAGAAAACUUUUGGGACUUUUUUGUGCAAAGACGGCGCUGGUCCCCAUCAACAAUGGCAAAUAUGAUUGACUUGGUCCUUUCUUGGAAACAAAUAGUUCAAAACAACAGAGAAAUCAACCAUAUGUUUAUGAUAUAUCAAUUGGUGCUGGUUUUAACAAGUGUAUUAGCUCCUGGAAUUGUCCUUGUUAUGAUAGAAGGGUCAUUUAGUUCAGUAUUCAGUUUGAAGCCAUGGCAUUCAUUUUUCGUAGCCGUGACUCCGGUAGUUUUGUUCGCAGUGUUAUGCCUGACAGUGACUCAGAAAAAGCAACUCCUUGUAGCCGCAAUACUAAGCACGGCAUAUACAUUUGUAAUGGUUAUUGUGACAAUCGGCAUGAUUUUAAACAUUGUGAGCGAGACAAUUCUUUCCCCAAGCGUGAUUUUUCUCAUAUUUGUUGGAGUAGCAUUUUUGAUAUCGGCUUUGCUUCACCCUCAAGAGUUCACAUGUUUGUUUCCUGGCUUACUAUAUUACGUUUCUGUGCCUUCUACAUUUAUUUUUCUGACUGUUUUUUAUAUGUGCAAUUUACAUGACAUUAGAUGGGGUACUCGAGAAUCCAAAUCUCCAUCAUCCCAAUCGGAAGGAGAGAGUGGAAAUAAGAAAUCAUUUACGCGUUUGCUUAUCGCUCUUGUUCAACAAUACUUGCAAGCAAAACUCGGUAAAAUUAACCCAAAUGGUUCCGAUUUGGAACAAGUUGAAAGACAACAAAGCGAACAACAUGUGGAUUUCAUAAAUUAUGAAGACGAUAGCUACUGGAUAAAAGCACAAUUAACAGACUCAAAACAUAAGUUCAAAAAAUAUUUACUCAGCGAAGAUGAGGAAACAUUUUGGACACAUACAAUUAACAAAUAUCUGAAGCCACUUGAAGCCAAUAAGAAACUCCAAGAAAAAUUUAAUCGUGAAUUAAUUUCGUUGAGGAACAACUGCGUGUACGGUUUCUUCGUGUUGAACUUUAUGCUCUCAUUAGCACUGUUGCAAUUACAAGUAAGCAAAGAAAGUUUAAAUGGGUUUUAUAUUACGGGGAAAUAUGAACCAUUAUCGGUACUUUUCCUGUCAAUUUUUGCAAUUCUACUUUGUAUCCAAUUCAUUUUUAUGCUUUCCCAUCGAUGGAGAACUUUCUGCCAUUUUAUUUCGAGCACUGAGGUGUUUGUGUGCUUCUGUUCAAGACGAACAAAGACUAAAGCGCAAGAAUUUCAAGAACAUUUGAAGGAGAUUGAACAUGAUUUGGAGGAAGAUGAAGAAGAAGAUGAGCCGCCGCCUGAUUAUAUGAGUGAGCCUGAUGUUGAUUAUGACGACUUUGAUUGUGAAACUGUUUUAGAUACGGCAUCUCCUUCAUCAAAUAGACCAAACUCAAGGAAAUUCAAUAUUUACCAUCACAGAAUACAGACAGUGCGCUAUAGAAAACGACAUAGACAGCCGAUUGAUGCAAGUUUGUGUCAUCUGGACGGUGGUUAUGUUGAUGGAUCAUUUUUACGACCUGGUGUGAAAUACCCUAGCAACAUUUUUCAUGAGGACAGAAGAGGUUAAUAGCUGAUACAUUGAUAAUAAUGUCUGCAUUCAAAGCAACAAUUACCGCCAAUUAUUUAAAGUACCUUUGUAAUGUUUAAUGUUCAUAUAUGUACAUAUGUUUGUUAAGAUAUAUAUUUGGUUACAUUAACUCGUAUUUUAUGUUGUAUCGCCGAUUAUUGUCUAUUGUACCUGUGUGCUAACACAAGGAAAAGAAAAUAACAAUGAAAAUGAGAUUAAACGAAAAAAUCCCAUUGAAGUAACUAACAUUGCACUUGUAUUGUGAUGUUAUGCGUUACCUAAUUAAAUUUCAAGGCAUACCAACUGUUAUUUUGUUGUAAGUUUACAAAAUAACAGUACAUUAUUUUGAAAGGUUAUCUCCACUCAAUUUGUAUCCCUUCUCUUCUUCAAGCUUAACGACGAUGAGUAAACAUACUUGCAAAUUAAAAUAAAUAUAGUUUUUGGAAAGUAGGCCAAGUUGGAAAAACGCAAACAUCGUAAUGAUGCUUAUUCGUUUUUCCAUUAUAUCCAUUGUUUGCUUGAAAAAUCCGCAAGUCUUUCCGAAUGUGUUCGGUACGAUUUACUGACAUUCUGUUCAUGUCUUCAUUGUGCAAUAUAGUUUAAUAACACUGAACUCGUAUGAAUUAGAACAACUUUCUGUUAAAUAUUGACAAAUACUUUAAUCAUUGAUGUAGAAAUAUAUGAAAACUGUACAAAAUGUUAGGAAAAUACAAAUUUGCCGCUU